GUGACGAAGCAGCGCUACGGCAGACCGCUUUUCGAUCAGCCUCCGCUGACGACCUCGACCCUUUCGAGCAAUUGUCCACUCCAACGCGGCGCCGUUCAGGUUCUCGUCAUGUCCGGCGGCCUGUCGGGCGGCGAUCUGUACGGCUCGGGACGUGUGAAAAAAUCGGUUUCAUUCGACAAAAAUCUGGAGACCAUCUCCAUCUACAGUCCACCCGUGACGCCGUUGGAGACGGGCUUCGAGCCGACGCACCCUCGUCAGGCGAGCCAGACCCUGCCGACCCUUCGACACACGCAACAGCAUCAGCAGCAGCAGCAGCAGCAGCAGCAACAAGAGGAACAGGAGACCAGCUUCCCUCUUCCCAUCUGGCACGAGGGUCGAAUGCCCGUGUUGCCGGGGGGCCAACAGAAGCCGCAGUCCUCGGAGCCCGGAUCCGGCCUUCGAGAUCGAGACGACCGGCUCAACGAGGAAUCAUCGGCGUCUGGACAAUUCGCCCAUCCGCAGACGCCCAAUCCGAUUGGCCGACAACCGAACGACUCGGACAAAGGACCGGACACUCGGCCAUGGUGGAGUGCUCGAGGCGGAGGCGGCGUCUCGAACGAACCCGAGGCCAGGAAGACGCUCGUGUCCGAUGGUGUCGCGAUGGGCACUCCAACCGACCAGUCGGUCUUCGUGGAUGGCCAGACGGGGCUCGGAAAGCCGACGUCUGGGCAUGUACAGAGCACCCUCGUCAACUGUAAGUAA